AAAUUUUCAAUAUUCAAUAAUUCUUCACACAAAUAAAAGAUACAUGUACAUUAUCCGGGGAGAUACACGAGAGCAGGGCCAUAGUCGUAUCUUCACCCUAGAACUUACACCCAGGGCAACUUCCCGUAUAAUUUCAUUUCGUGAUUUCGCAUUUCGCUUCGCGCGUGGAGUCGCGGCGCCAUUAUCACCAGAGGCAAAUGUUGCCACCACCAGUUCUUUCCCCAAAUCACCAUGUCUGAAGCAGAGCUUUCCCUCAUCAACAAGGUAGAGCUUCGAAUAGCUCUUGCCGAAAACGACACCCAGCUUGAAGCGUCGCUCAAGCUCUACUUGGCUCCGCUUCUCUUGAAGCUCGCCAGUCCUCAUGCUGCAGUCAGAAACGCCAUCUUCAAGGUGAUCCAGAACUUGAUUCCCCGGAUCACGGCUGCCAGAACCAUCAAAUUGCCCAUCGAGGCGUUGUUGGAGCAAGUCAAGGCCUCCGGUGACCCUGCGCAAGCAGGCCUGAACACCUCAGUGGUGUUGUACUCGUUGCUCUUCGUCUCGCGAGGCAUUGACCGGUUGUCUGCGGAAGAAAAGACUCAAUUGGUUCCCAAGGUCAUCAGCAACAUCCACACGUACCCGCCACAAGUUUCUGCCCGGUUGUUCAACAUUCUCUGCAAGCUAUUGGACUCGUGGAAGGUGCCUGAGCGAGGAAGUGCCCAAGAGGAGACGAUUGGCGCAUUUCUCGGGUUUGACCAGCGUCCAGAGGACGAGAAGUUUCUAGCCCGCAUCAUCGGUAAGUUUCUCAUGCUUGAACCUACCGCCUCUCCCGUUGCUACGCCAGGGUUGAGUGUGAAAGAAAGCUCGUUCUUCACGGUGGAUGCUGGAAUCACCUUUAAAUCCAACCAAGAGAUUCAUGCCUUGAAGGUGCUUUUGCUUGAUUUCUUGAAGGCUGGGUUUGCCGAUACGAGCGUGGGUGUCCCAUUGUUAAUUGCAUCGGCCGACUCGUCUUCUGCAAUCAAAGAUCCAUGUGAAAUCAGAUUCAAAAAGUUGCAUACCGAUCCUGAAAACAAAGAGUACAUUUAUGAAUUGAUCAGGUUGUUCGUGGGAACUAAUGACACCCCUCCAGUAAAGUCGACUCUACAAGACAAAAUUGUACAAAUCUUUUCCAAGAGUAAAUUCGUUACUUCCAGUGACCAAAUAUCUCAAAUUGCCUCGGUAGGGUUAUCCUCAGAUUAUGUCAGGUUGAAACAAAGUACUGUCCAAUUCAUCAAAUGGGUUGGUUUGAAUAACUCUGAAUUUGCAUCAGGUUCCGGCCAUGUGUUGGAAGAGUUCAACAAGUCCAUGGCGCUCAAACUCAAGGAAAACCUCCAGUCCGAAGGAUGGCCACAAAGGGAUACAUCACAAGUGAAGAAUUACUCGUCCAGCAUAAGCCAAAGACUGUUGCACUACGAAGCAUUAGGAAAUAUUUUGAGAGCCAAUAUUGAUUUGAUCAAGAAUGAUCCCAGCUAUAUCGAAUUCUUAUUCCAGUCGCUUGAAGGUGAAGUUGCAGACAUGAGAUCCACAAUUCAGGAUGCAUUAUCGAAUUUAACCAUCCAUUUGCCCCGUGUAUCUCUGGAUGUUAAAAUGAAGAUCAAAGAAUUAGGUCACUAUUACCUCUCAAAAGAUAUCAUUGACAAUGACAAUUUACACUCAUGCCGUUAUAUUUCCAUAAAGUAUAUUAACAGUACCUUCAAUUUUGAAGAUGCUGAAUCAAGAUUACUUUGUAUUCUUGGUGCAGGCAAGGAAAACAGAUCGGACACGACAGAAGAAGCUUUACGAGGAUUGCAUCCUUACUGGUUCAACCAACUCCAGUCCGCAAACACCACGGACUUUAAAACCACCAGUGAACUUUUAGGUGAAACAACAGUCGUAGAAUUCCCACAAUUUGGAGAUUUCAUUAAAGUUUUCAAGAACGAAAUUCACAGAAGAAAAGAUGCAGGCUCAUCAUUUAUAAGCUUAUCGAAAGGUAUUCAAUUUGGUCUCCAUGUGUUAAUCAUGCAGGCCAUUAAGGGCAAGAAUACUGUGGUUGUCCCUGAUAGGGAAUGGGAAGUUAGGGUGGAUAAAGCAUUAGAAGUUGACAAGCAAGUUAGAGAUUUAUUAAUCGAAGAAAUUGCCAAGUUGGCCAAAGAAGAUGGGAUAUUUACCGUCUACUUGGGGAUAAUAUUUGAAGCUUUGUAUGGCCAACAUAAUCAAGGGCAUAUCUCUUCAGAUAUAUCAUACGGAGAUACCUUCUCGAAAUUGAUAUCCUUAGCACCUUCCAGUGUUGUCGAGGAACUGAUCUCCAUCGCUCCUAGAUUGUUAGAGCUCACUAAUGAUAAAAUUUCUAAUGAUUUAGCCCUAUACCAGGUAGCCAAAUCCUACGGUAUUAUCACAAGUCACCCUGCGAAUAAUGAUGAUGUGAUAAGGGGGCUCUUGAACGAUGUUUCGGAAACUAGAGGCAGUCUUUUAGCCACUUCUUAUCUUGUUUCAAGGUUGGUACUUCGUAAGAGAAUCAACUUGGUGCUGGUUGACUAUUUGAAGAGGUAUUGUGAUAUUCUCCUAAAGAAGAUUACGGAGUCAUCUUACUAUACCGUAGUGCUUGAAUGCAUUGAUCAACUUUCAGUCUACGGAGCAUUAGGGCCAAUCAUUAAUCCUGAAAUGGAGGAAUAUGUCAAGAAGUUUAUCGACGCAAUUAGGCCAAAGGUUAAAAAGUGCGACGAGAAGUCAGUGGUAGCCUUAGCAUCAUUAGCUUUAGCACUUGGAAAGAAGGUUAUUGAGCUAGACAACAACCCCCCAAUUGAAAUCUUGGAGGAUCUUAAUCUCGUCGAGCAAUUGAUUUAUGAUACACACGUAUCGAAACAGGUCGAAUACACAUUCACAAGUGGUGAAGCAUUCGUCAUUGCUACAGCUGGAUGGGAAUCCAAGCUACUUGAGAGGCAGAUUGAUAUUCAAGGUGAAAAGGUAGAGUUUGUCCCAUCUGAUUUGUCAAGAUUACCGAUCAUAUUGGAUCGUGUCUUGAAAUCAUGUGCAAACACAAAGCCGUCGUUAAGAAAAGCUUCCUGUAUUUGGCUCUUGUCUUUGGUACAAUACUGUGGCCAUCUACAAUCUGUCAAGAGUAAGCUUACUGAGGCACAUAUCUCAUUUAUGAGAUUUUUGGGGGACAAAGAUGAGUUGGUUCAAGAAUCAGCUUCAAGAGGUUUAAGUAUUGUUUAUGAAAUGGGAGAUUUUGAGCUCAAAGAGGUAUUAGUCAAAGGUUUAUUAAAAUCAUUUACUGAUACCACCUCAGCAUCUAAGUCUUCUGCAGGUUCUGUUGACCAUGACACUGAGUUGUUCGAGGAAAAUAUGUUCAAAGUUGGUGACAAUUCUGUUUCCACUUAUAAAGACGUGUUGAAUUUGGCAUCAGAUGUUGGUGAUCCAAGUUUGGUGUAUAAAUUUAUGUCAUUAGCAAAGACUUCAAGUUUGUGGUCGUCAAGAAAAGGAAUGGCUUUCGGAUUAGGGUCUAUUUUAUCUAAAUCUUCAUUGGAUAAUCUUUUGAAUAACGAUAGCAAACUCUCAUCGAGAUUAAUACCAAAGCUCUUCAGAUACAAAUAUGAUCCAUCCAGUGCAGUCCAGCAAUCAAUGAUUGAUAUUUGGAAUAGUUUGUUUAAGGAUACUUCCAAGACCAUUAAUGAGAACUUCGAUAUUAUUUUAGAAGAAUUGUUGAGUGGUAUGGGAAAUAAAGAAUGGAGAGUUAGACAGGCUAGCACUUCUGGGUUGGCGGACUUGUUGAUGUUGGUACUGGAUGAGAGGUAUGAGGAUCAUUUAGAAAGAAUCUGGAACAUGUGUUUCAGAGUCAUGGAUGAUAUUAAAGAAAGUGUGAGAAAGGAAAGUGAGAAGUUAAGCAAAGUGCUCACUGCAAGUUUGAUUAGAAUGAUCAAAACGGACAAGGGCUCUUCGGUUAAUGUUGAAGGGUCUCGUCCAUCCAUGGUUCUUCACAAGCUUAUUCCUUUCCUUCUUGGAGCCAGAGGUCUCAUGAGUGAUUCUGAAGAUGUUAAGAACUUUUCCUUAGAGACCAUUCUCAAAGUGUGUGAAACCAAGGGUCCUUUCAUCAAGCCAUUCAUCCCUACUUUAUUGGGUAACUUUAUCAAUUUAAUGUCCUCUUUGGAGCCCGAGGCAAUCAAUUACAUUAUCCUCAAUGCUGAUAAGUACAACCUCAAGCAAAAUGACCUCGAUAGCCAAAGACUUCAAAGUUUGGGUAGAUCGCCAAUGAUGGAUAUUAUCACUAAAUUGAUUAACCAAGUAGACGAGUCCAUUAUAGAAGAAGUGGUUCAGCAUUUGGUUUCAUCAAUCAAAUCUUCAGUUGGCUUACCAUCGAAGGUUUGCGGAUCCAAGGUCAUCAUUGACUUGAUUACCAAGAAUUCCGAGAUUAUUAAGCCAUACUGUGAACGAUUAUUGAAAGUAUGUGUUAGUCAAAUGAGUGACAAAAAUGAAACAAUUGUAUCAUCAUAUGCUGCUUCAGCGGGGUAUUUAUCCAAGGUUGUUUCGAUCGACUCCGUCGUCUCCUUUGCAGCACAUAUUAACAAGCUUUACUUUGAAAGUGAGGACGAAAAGGGUCGUGAAAUUGCCGCUACAUCGAGUGAGUUUGUUUCGAAGUACUCAGGGGAAAAGUUUGAUCUUUUUGCCAGCGCUUUCCUUCCUCUAGCUUACAUCGGGCGUUUCGAUGAUAAUAAGAAGGUAAGGAAGUGUUUUGAGAGAGAAUGGGUGGAGAAUACUACAGGUAGCAAUUAUGGAAUCAAAUUGUAUUUUGACGAGAUUAUGAGCUUCAUAAGAAGGUAUUUCCAAUCCUCAAGCUUCGAAAUAAGAAAGAUUCUUGCAAAGUCGAUCAUUAAUUUGAGUGAUUCCUUGAAAGAGUCUAGUAGUGUAUCCAAAGAAGGAUCCUUGGAAUUGGUCAAUUUAUUAAUAGAAGCUAAUAAGGGUAAGUCUUGGGAUGGUAAAGAGUUUGUCUUUGAAGCGUUGGUGAAGUUCUCCAUCAUUGCAAAAAGUUCCAUAGACGAUGACGAUUUGUGGGAGAAGGUGGACCGAGUGGUCAUAACCGAAAUAAAACGGAGAAAUAAGGAAUAUCAGAAGCAUGCCGUUAAGUUGGCUGGCCAUUACAUCCAUCACUUUCACAAUGAAGACGUGAUUGAAGUAUAUCUUGAAAUCAUGGGCAAGGUCCUCAAAGAUAACUACUACAAAGAAGAUCUUGGAGAAAUUGGCGACGUUUACGAUUCCGAUGAAGAAGAUGAAGACGCUAUGGAUGUGGAUUUAAAGCCCAAAAUCUCAUCCAAGUUGAAUGUUGAAUUGGAGGAGAAAAAGUUGUCCUUUAUUGACAAUUUGAUUCAGAGCUUCUACGUAACGAAUGGCAUCUUCAAUCAUGUAUUACUCCAAUUCAUAUUGUCCCAGACCAAAGUUCUUUUCCAUUCCAAGAUUAUUGAAAACACAUGGAGAAGUAAGAUAGCAAUCAAUGAACUGUUAAGCAAGGUUUUGGUGUUGGUAAACCCCGAAGAUGGUUCAUCAAAAUAUCCAACCUUAAAUAGUAAGGAGAUUGACUUGUUGGUUGAAAAUUGGACACAAUUGCUGUUGCUGUGCUUGGAUUCGGAUAGUAUUGAGAAGGUGAAGAUUCAGUUUAUUCGAUUCUCCAGUGUCAUUUCCAAGUUCUUGCAUAGACUUGGUGACGAGAGAGCAGACAAGGUGUUACGUGAAUUAGAAAAGUUUAGAGAAAGUGAGAAUUCCAGUGUGGUCAGGACCGAGUUAAAUAGAGUAUUACUGAAGUAAUCCGAUAUAGGUUUGAUAUUAGACAGGAGCAAUUUUUCACGGGACUAGUAAAUUACGAAGGAUCAGUAGCUCUGUAAAAAUAUGUCUGUG